GACUUUGAUAGGUGAGUUUGGGGUAGAAAAUGGAGAAAUUCCUCUUCAAAGGAUUCUCACUGGUGAGCUAGGGUAGCGCCCUAGGCUUCACUCUGCUUUCUUUGCUUCACGGGAUUAGAGAAGGUUUGUGUUACCCAAGCCUUGGGAGUUGUCAUAAUUUUAAGAAAAGGGAUCUCAGUCCCCAGGAAGGGUCAUUCUCCCAGCGGUAGCUGCUGCCCCAUCGCAGGAGACCCUGGUAUUUCUAGAGCAGGCUUUGCUUUCACCAAACCCGAGGGAGUAACAGGAGAAGUCCCUGCACAGGACCUAAGGAUGUUGUGAUCAGAAGAUGGGAUCACGGAACAGCAGCAGCGCAGGAUCCGGGUCCGGAGACCCCUCCGAGGGCUUGUCCCGAAGAGGAGCUGGCCUGCGUAGGAGUGAAGAAGAAGAAGAGGAGGAUGAAGAUGUGGAUCUGGCCCAGGUACUGGCCUAUCUCCUCCGCAGAGGCCAAGUGAGGUUGGUGCAGGGAGGAGGUGCAGCAAAUUUACAACUCAUCCAGGCUCUCUCGGACUCAGAGGAAGAGCAUGACAGUGCUUGGGAUGGUCGUCUUGGGGAUCGAUACAAUCCACCUGUGGAUGCAACCCCUGACACCCGGGAGCUGGAAUGCAAUGAGAUCAAGACACAAGUGGAAUUGGCCACAGGGCAGUUAGAACUUAGGCGGGCACCCCAGGAGCACAGCUUUCCUCGAAUGUUGCACAAGAGAGAACGGGGCCUCUGCCACCGGGGAAGCUUCUCCCUUGGAGAACGGUCUCGAAUGAUGUCUCACUUCUUGCCCAAUGAUCUGGGCUUCACUGAUAGCUACUCUCAGAAGGCUUUCUGUGGCAUCUACAGCAAAGAUGGUCAAAUCUUCAUGUCUGCUUGCCAAGACCAGACAAUUCGACUGUAUGACUGCCGGUAUGGCCGCUUUCAUAAAUUCAAGAGCAUCAAGGCCCGGGAUGUAGGCUGGAGUGUCCUAGAUGUGGCCUUCACUCCUGAUGGGAACCACUUCCUCUAUUCCAGCUGGUCUGAUUACAUUCAUAUCUGCAACAUCUACGGGGAGGGAGACACACACACUGCCCUGGAUCUAAGGCCAGAUGAGCGUCGCUUUGCUGUCUUCUCCAUUGCUGUCUCCUCAGAUGGACGAGAGGUGCUAGGAGGGGCCAAUGAUGGCUGCCUGUAUGUCUUUGACCGGGAACAGAACCGGCGCACCCUACAGAUUGAGUCCCAUGAGGAUGAUGUGAAUGCAGUAGCCUUUGCUGAUAUAAGCUCCCAGAUUCUGUUCUCUGGGGGUGAUGAUGCCAUCUGCAAAGUAUGGGAUCGACGCACCAUGCGAGAAGAUGACCCCAAGCCCGUGGGUGCACUGGCUGGACACCAGGAUGGUAUCACCUUCAUUGACAGCAAGGGUGAUGCGCGGUAUCUCAUCUCCAACUCCAAAGACCAGACCAUCAAGCUCUGGGAUAUCCGACGCUUUUCCAGCCGGGAAGGCAUGGAAGCCUCACGCCAGGCUGCCACGCAGCAAAACUGGGACUAUCGUUGGCAGCAAGUACCCAAAAAAGCCUGGCGGAAGCUGAAGCUCCCAGGGGACAGCUCCUUAAUGACCUACAGGGGCCAUGGAGUGCUGCACACUCUCAUCCGCUGCCGAUUCUCUCCCAUCCAUAGCACUGGCCAACAGUUCAUCUACAGUGGCUGCUCCACUGGCAAAGUGGUUGUGUACAACCUCCUUAGUGGCCACAUUGUGAAGAAGUUGACCAACCACAAGGCCUGUGUGCGUGACGUCAGUUGGCACCCCUUCGAGGAGAAAAUUGUCAGCAGUUCGGUGAGGCUGCAAGGGUUAGGUGGGCUGGCACAUGUCUGGGGCUUGGAGCUGGGAGGGGAUAGCACCCUUAGUUACUUUCCACCUUCUGCCCUGCAGUGGGACGGAAACCUGCGUCUGUGGCAGUACCGCCAGGCUGAGUACUUCCAGGAUGACAUGCCAGAGUCUGAGGAAUGCCCCAGCGCCACCACCCCAGUGCCCCACUCCUCUACCACUUUUUCUUCACCCCAAUAGAUCUGACCUCCAGCCCUGUGCAGGGUGAACCUCUUGAUAAGGUCUCUGCCUCUCUCCUUUCUGGGGAAUGUUUGGAGGAAUCACUGGGGAGACACAGAAGCCCAGGCUCUGAGCCCCAGCUGAGCCCUGGAAGAUCCUCCCACGGGACAGAGUUGCCUCCUCAUGUGCUCACACCCAGUCAGCUUGGGUUCCUAUCUCUGGCCAGAGUCUGGCAGGGCUGCCAUUAUCUGGGGUGUGACCUCUGCCAGCAAGAGAAGUGUCCUCAGUGUUUUUAAUCAUGUUUGGAUGUUAGAUGUUGACUCCUAGAGUAGACGCCUGAAGCAGGUCUGAACAAACCUGCCAGCCAGGCCCAUUGCCCAGGUCUUCAUAUUGAGGAUUAGACUGGCCCAUCAGAGGGCCAUGUGUCCUGGCCUUUUCUUCCUGAGGUCUUUGGGGGAGGGCAGGAUAGGUAAGGGUGUUUCCUCAGCACCCUCCUCAGGUGGAUUGUGUCUUCUCUCAUGUCUAGAUCUUUGGGGUAGGACGGGCUAUGGUGUGAGAGGCAGGAGUCUAAAAGCUCCAUGUGGCCCUACACGGGGCAGGCCCUACCUUCCCAGAGAGUCUUGUCAUGCUGGAAGCCAGCAGCUUUAAGGAAGAAGAAGGUUGAAGUAGGACUCCUUUGUCCUUCGACUGACUUUGGCUCCCUCAAUAAACUCUCUGUGGGAACCUG